GUGAAAGUAUGUGUGUGUGAAAGUUUGUGUGUGAGUGUGUGUGCGCACACGCCCUGCAAUUAUGAGAAGGCAGCUGUAGAGUUUCAGCAGAACAUAUGUGGAAUGGUUUGUAUUUAGUGUGUGAGGGGCUUGGGCCCCUUGUAGCUGGUAUUCUGUGUUUAUACUGAAUCUGAGGAGGACACAGACUGACUGACUGGAGCAGCUACAGGAAUGCUCAAGCGGGAAACCCGACGAGUUGCCAGCACUGGCCCAACAAGGCUAACGGUUGCUCAUUAACCAGAAGUUUAAGAUGAAGUUGUGGAAGCCUGGGUUGCUGGCUGUGUUGUCCAUCUGUACUGUCUCCUGCUCACCCCUUACCAGCACUAGGAAGAGCUUCACCCUGAGAGAAUCCUGGCACAUUCCCUCCCCAGACUUGGAGCCAGAGCUGAUCCCAACCACAGUCUCCUAUCCCAUGUCUGUGGUUCCACAGCAGCAGCAUUGGGCUGUGCUGCAGUUUAUUGAGGACCAACUCAAGCGGCAAAAAAGAUCGUUGGAUCAUGUGCCUCAAAGCUGGACUAAACGGGAGCAUAAAAGAGGCAGCAUUCGUGCAGAUAAGCGAGGUAAGGCUGUCCGGAGGAGGAGACGGAGGAACAAGGGCUGUGUGCUGAAGGAGAUUCACUUAAACAUCACUGACCUGGAGCUGGGCUAUGACACACAAGAAGAGCUGAUGUUCAAGUACUGCAGCGGCUCCUGCGAAGUGGCUGAGACCACAUAUGACUUAAUCCUAAAAAAUCUGACCAAGAACAAGAAACUGGGACAGGACAAUGUGCAGCCACGAAUGUGCUGCCGGCCAACAGCAUUUGAGGACAACCUCUCGUUCCUGGACAGUCACAUGGCCUAUCAGACACUGCAGCGCUAUUCUGCCAAAAAGUGUGGCUGUGUUUAACCUUUCACUGCUGUAGUGAGUGAGAGAGGCACAGACACUGGGCUGGUGACACUGACUGACCUCUCCAGUCUUGUCUGUUCCUGGCUGAGUGAGGUUCUGGGGAUCUAAGCCGGGAGCUCAGACCAGGGACCUGUGACCUCAGGCCGGCACAUCGCUUCUUUACAGUGACAUUGUGGUUGUGAGGUUCUGUCAAAGGUUGGAGUUUACUGUACAGAGUUUUUUUNAAAUUGACAGUGGAUCAGCAGAUAUUGGAUAUGUCGCAGAGAUGGGGAACUGCGUCUGUCUGUCUGUCUGUCUGUCUGUCUGUCUGUCUGUCUGUCUGUCUGU